AUGAGGACGGAGAAGCACAAUUUCACACCAGUGAAUGAAUUCAUUCUGAUGGGCAUCACAGAUCGUCCUGAGCUGCAGGCUCCAUUAUUUGUGCUGUUCCUCAUGAUCUAUGCGAUCUCAGUGGUGGACAACUUGGGCAUGAUCAUCCUCACUAUGGUGGACUGCAGGCUACAAACCCCAAUAUACUUUUUUCUCAGACACCUGGCUCUCACAGAUCUUGGUUACUCUACAGCUGUGGGACCCAAAAUGUUGGCAAAUUUUGUUGUAAAUCAAAACACGAUCUCUUACAACUUUUGUGCUACACAACUAGCUUUCUUCCUUCUGUUCAUUGGCAGUGAACUUUUUAUUCUGUCUGCGAUGUCCUAUGACCGCUAUGUGGCUAUCUGUAAACCAUUACUCUAUACAGUUAUCAUGUCACAAAGGGUAUGUUUGGUGCUGGUGGCAAUUCCUUAUCUCUACAAUAUAUUUGUGUCCCUUCUAGUUACUAUAAAAAUUUUCACUUUAUCCUUUUGUGGUUACAAUGUCAUCAAACAUUUCUUCUGUGACUGUAUCCCCUUGUUACAUUUACUGUGCUCAGAUACUCAUGAAAUUGAAGUGAUAAUUCUGAUUUUAGCAACCUUUGACUUGAUUUCCUCUCUUCUGCUUGUCCUUGUGUCCUACCUGCUCAUCCUUAUAGCCAUUCUCAGGAUGAAGUCUACAGAAGGCAGAUUCAAGGCUUUCUCCACUUGUGGGUCCCACCUGGCAGUGGUUACAGGCCUCUAUGGAAGUUUGAUAUUAAUUUAUGUGCAGCCCAAGUCCAGACAUUACACUGAUACUGAUAAAGUGUCUUCUAUAUUUUAUACCCACAUUAUUCCAAUCUUGAAUCCUUUGAUCUAUAGCCUGAGGAACAAAGAUGUAAAAUAUGCCUUACAAAGAGUAUUGAAAAAAAUAUGCAAUGUCUUUUCUUAA